AUGAUAAAGAUUUCCCUUCAAAAUUCCCAACUUAACGAUGCUCAAAUGCUCUUUGAUGACAAUCCCAGUUCUCGAGAUGUUGUUUCAUGGAAUAUGAUGAUUGCCGGUCAUAUUAAAAAGAAUCAUAUUGAUGUUGCCCGCCAAAUGUUCGAUGAAAUGCCUCAAAGAGAUAUUGUCUCUUGGAAUACCUGGAUUUCUGGUCUUCAGAAGAAGAAAGAUCACAAGAGUAUCUACCAGUGUUACUUUCAGAUACAGAGUUCUGGUUUUCGGCCAACUCCGUACACCUUUUCGAUAGUGAUUAGUUCGAUUUUGGGUAGUGUAUCCAAUGUAUUGAUUCCUCAGCUUCAUGCUCAGAUUAUUUCGUUUGGUCAUUAUUCUAGUGUUUAUGUUGGAUCAGCAUUGAUGAGGGGUUAUACAGAUUUGGAGGAUCAUUCUGCUUUAUGUGGGUUGUUUGAUGAUAUAUUAGACAAAGAUAAUAGUGUAUGGAACGCGUUGAUUUUGGGUUAUAUGAACUUGGGUUUUACUGAUGAAGCUCAGAGAGCUUUCAACAAGAUGCCUCAGAAAGAUGUGGUUUCUUGGACUACCAUGGUUGAUGGUUAUUUGAAGAAUAAUGAGGUUGAAAGAGCUAGGUAUGUUUUUGAUAAGAUGAACGAAAAGAAUGUCGUUUCAUGGACUGCUAUGAUCUCUGGGUAUGUGGGAGUAGACAAGUGUUUGGAUGCAUUAGAGCUGUUUAUUCUGAUGAUGAAAUCCGGCCCUCAGCCAAAUCCGCACACAUUUGCAAGCAUUUUAACUGCCUGUGCUAAGCAUUCUGAACUUCGUACAGGACAGCAAAUUCAUGCAACCAUAGUGAAGCAGGGUAUACUUGUUGAUAAUGUCUUGGUGACUGCCUUUAUCAAUAUGUAUGCCAAAUGUGGAGACAUUGAAGCAGCGUAUUGUAUAUUUGAGCAAAUGCCUGGCAAGAAUUUGGUGUCUUGGAAUACUAUAAUAGGCUGUCAUGCCAGGCAUGGGCGAGCACGAACAGCACUGGAUGAAUUUGAGAAAAUGAUUAGCAGUGGGGUGAAGCCAAAUAACAUAACAUUUACCAACAUUUUAUCUGCUUGUGCCCAUGGAGGUCUAGUUGAAGAAGGGGAAAAAGUCUUUUCUUGCAUGGAAAAAACUCAUGGCAUACAUCCAGAAAAAGAGCAUUAUGCUUGCAUGGUAGAUCUCUAUGGAAGAGCAGGUCACCUUGACAAGGCAAAGAGCUUAAUUGACCACAUGCCAUUCGAGCCGGAUACUGUUAUAUGGGGUGCAUUGCUUGCAGCGUGUGGCUUGCAUUCAGAUUUUGAAUUUGGCAGUAAUGCUGCAGAUGCACUCCACGACUUGGCAGGAAAUCACCCUGCUGCAUAUAUGGUGCUUUCAAAGAUCCUUGGUGAAAGAGGAAUGUGGAGCUCUUUGACAGAUAUUAAACAGAUGGAAUAUGAACACAUGAAAAAGCAAAAGGCUGGCAGUUGGAUUGGUUAA